GUCAACCAGUACAGUACCUUUCCUUCUACUCUACCAUCUGCCUGCCUUGUGUGUCACCACGUCCACCUUAUCUCUGACGGCGAGAGGACUUCUUGUUACAGAGAACAGGUGGCUGCCUCUAAAGCGACUGAGCUCCAAUUGAUGUGACCAUCUCUACAUAUCUCAGAGCAGGCUCCAUACACAGCACUUAUGACUAACCCCGCAAAUCCUUGCUAAAGGUAAAAACCAACAAUAUGUUUUAACGUAAAUAGUUUUGUUUACGUAGCAAGCAUGCUCUGAAUGUAUCUUUAUUCUAUCUUAGCUUUAAAUGCAUCUAUAGUUUAAUUGGGGAAUUAUGCAUCCUAUUGCUUGCAUUAUCUCCUCAAUCCCCUAUUUAAAAAGUAGAUAAUUACACUAAUAUAUGUAUUUUAGUGAUUUGCUUGAACCCAUUAAAAAUAUAUAUAAAUGUAUAAAAAUAAAUAACUAUCAGUCUAUGAACGUGUCGCAGAUAGUCUGUUGUGAUGUGCUGUCUGAAAUCACAUUGUCUGGAAGGAGACGCAGUUUCAGCACCACGGACAGAGCUUGCUGACCAGGAUAUGAGCUCUUUAACUUAGAACUAAGUAGCUAAAUCCGUGUUCUAUGGUCUCCCAGGUGAAAGGAUACUGUGCGUUCGAAUCUGGGGUCUCUGAUCUUGAACUAAUGCCCAUUUUCUAUGUAUUUUUCUCACUCACAGGCGCUCGUACACUGGAGAGAUGAAUGAAAGCCUUAAUGACAACGACACAAGUUUCCCUCUCCCCUGGAUCCAGGCAAGCGAUGCUAAUGCCUCCCUGGAGCUGACUGCUUUUUUCUCUGUGUUUACUAUCAACCCGUGGGAUAUAAUGUUGUGUAUCUCGGGGACCAUCAUCGCUUGUGAAAAUGCCAUUGUGGUGGCUAUCAUUUUCUACACGCCAACUCUAAGAACCCCUAUGUUCGUGCUGAUUGGAAGCCUGGCCACGGCAGACCUUCUGGCUGGCUUUGGCUUAAUUCUGAACUUUGUUUUUCAAUAUGUCAUUCAGUCAGAGACUAUAAGCCUCAUCACUGUGGGCUUUCUGGUGGCCUCUUUCACUGCUUCUGUGAGCAGUUUGUUGGCCAUCACAGUGGACCGUUACCUCUCUUUGUACAAUGCACUGACUUAUUCCUCAGAGAAGACCAUUCUUUGGAUACACAUCAUGCUCAUUGUCACUUGGGGGGUCUCCAUAUGUUUGGGGCUCCUUCCAGUGCUGGGAUGGAACUGCCUAGAGGACGACAUGUCCUGCAGCAUUGUGAGGCCAUUGACCAAAAGUAAUGUAACUCUGUUAUCCACCUCUUUCUUUUUCAUCUUCAUUUUGAUGCUACACCUCUACAUCAAAAUUUGCAAAAUAGUGUGUAGACAUGCUCACCAGAUAGCACUUCAGCAACAUUUUCUCACAGCCUCCCAUUAUGUUGCCACCAAAAAAGGAGUGUCUACAUUGGCCAUAAUCCUUGGGACAUUUGGGGCCAGCUGGCUACCGUUUGCCAUUUAUUGUGUGGUUGGAGAUCCAGACUAUCCUUCAGUGUACACUUAUGCCACACUUCUCCCUGCCACUUACAACUCAAUGAUCAACCCUAUCAUUUAUGCCUAUAGAAAUCAAGAAAUCCAGAGGUCCAUGUGGGUCCUUUUCUGUGGUUGCUUUCAAUCCAAAGUGUCCUUUCGUUCCAGGUCACCGAGUGAUGUCUAGAAUGUGACAAUUCAGCUUUACUCUAGCACUGCACACGUGACAAUCUAGUGAAUUAACACUGCCUGUUAUGAACUUAACUAGAACCCUUUGGACUUGUUGGAAACAAACUUUGAAAUACUAGCACUUUAUAAUGCGUUUGUAUCUCUGGGAAUGUUACUGGCUAUUUUAGAGCUUGUACUUCUCUUCAACAAAAAUGGGUGUGUCCUGAAAGUGUAGCACACUUUGUCAAGUGAAUUCAUUUCAGAACUGCUUCAAAAUGGCACUUUAAUAUUAGCUGCUAAACUGCCAAAACAGUGUUGCAAUUUUCUGACGGUUGGAUGAGCAUGAAAGUUGUGUAUUUUGUUUGUUUGUACGUUGUAUGUGAUAGUAUAUUUUAC